UGUUGUCACACUGGAAGAAAAUGGCUGCCGCUCCGACUUUUUUUCAAUGAAGACACCGAUAUUUCAAUUUCAUUUCGUUUUCUUGCAUCGGAGCUACAGUCCACCGCUAUGCAACCUAGAAGGGUGUGAAUGGUCACUUUAGGAAGGUGACAGUGGGGCAGAAAGGACAGCAUCGUCUACCGUCACUCGCCUUGCAGCUGGCGGUAGACCACAAUGCAACAAGUUUUGGAAUAUGCAUUGGAUCGAGCCGAGUACAUUGCUGAAAGUGCUCGACAACGACCCGCCAAAAGAAGAAUCUCAUCCGGGGGGAGGAAGAGUUUGUAUCAGAAGCUCUAUGAGCUGUACAUAGAGGAAUGUGAGAAAGAGCCAGAGUUAAAGAAUUUAAGGAGAAAUGUGAAUCUACUUGAGAAGCUGGUGUCUCAGGAGUCUGUUUCAUGUCUGGUGGUCAACUUGUAUCCUGGGAAUGAAGGCUAUUCUUUAAUGCUCAGGGGCAAAAAUGGAUCCGAUUCUGAAACCAUCCGUCUGCCAUAUGAAGAAGGAGAACUCCUGGAUUACCUAGAUGCUGAGGAGCUGCCUCCUAUUCUGGUGGACCUGUUGGAGAAAUCACAGGUGAACAUCUUCCACUGUGGCUGUGUCAUCGUAGAGGUGAGAGACUACAGGCAGUCUGGUAAUACCAAAAUGCCCACCUAUCAGAGCAGACACAUCCUGCUGCGGCCAACCAUGCAGACUCUGAUCUGUGAUGUCCAUGCCAUGACCAGUGACCACCACAAGUGGACACAGGAUGACAAACUGCAGCUGGAGAGUCAGCUGAUCUUGGCCACAGCUGAGCCUCUGUGCUUGGACCCCUCCAUUUCUGUCACCUGCACAGCCAACCGCCUGCUCUACAACAAGCAGAAGAUGAACACACGCUCCAUGAAACGGUGUUUCAAGAGACACUCGCGAGCGGCUCUGAACCGGCAGCAGGAGCUCUCCCACCUGCCCAUCCCGCCACAGCUACGACUCUACGACUACCUGCAGAGGAGGAAGGAGAGGAAGCCCGCUCCUGUCAUAGACCUAAAGAUCUCAAAGAUCGGAAACUGUGUUGACAUGUGGAAGCAGAGCAACUGCCAACUAACUGUCCCGAAGGAAAUUGAUGUGGAAAAGUACGCUGUGGUGGAGAAAUCUCUGCAGCUGGAGGACUCUCAGCCCACUACUGUGAUCUGGCCUGCUGAGGAAGUUGUAGAUGACUACACGUUUGAGUGUGAGGUGGGAGGCCAACCCCAGAGGACCAAGGUGUCUAUCUUCCAGUCGAUGGGAGACCCGCUGGUGUAUGGGAAAAUCUACUGUGCUAAAGAACCAAAAGCAGAGGAGGACAGCAGCACGGACCUAAAGCUCAUACAUCCCCCAUUCCUCAUAGGCUCCAAGAUAGACGCAGACCGGUUUCUUACUCAGUACAAAGGAGUGUAUGAGAGAGAUGUGAAGUGUCAGGUCAAGAUGUCCCAUAACUCAGGCACCGUGGGGCCCCCCUCACCCAGCAAAGACGAGGGUGAUGGUAUCUCCCCACUGGUCCAGACAUCUGUACUGGGAAAAGGGGUGAAGCAUCGUCCCCCUCCCAUCAAACUGCCCUCAGGAUCAGGCAGCAGCUCCUCAGGUAAUCCAUAUAGUUCACAAACCACCAGUGGUCUACUGAAGUGUCCUACGCCCCCUCCAGCCAAAAGCCAGUCUCUGAACAGGAAGCACUCCAUGGAGCUGAGCCAGGUGGGCCUGCUGUCGCCUGCCUCCCUCUCCCCAAUGGGCUCCACGCAGAGAUCGGGGACCCCCAAGCCAUCGACCCCCACCCCCACCAACACGCCAUGCUCCACCCCUCACCCCACCGACUCGCUCUCCGCUCCUCUCUCGGUGACCCCGACUCCUUCAGACCCUCCCAUGGUCCAGAGCCAGUCGCAGCCCGCCCUCCUCACGCCGUUCGCCCAGCAGCAGCUGGCCCUGAGCCAGCCGCUGCCCGUCAUGACCAUCCCCCUGCCCACCAUGGGGACCUCCAUCACCACAGGGACCACCUCCUCACAGGUCAUGGCCAACACGGCAGGCCUCAACAUCUUCAACGUGGUCGGCUCCGUCUGCAGUCCUCAGACGCUGAUGAGCGGCUCCAGCCCCAUGCUGGGUCCGGGCCUCAACCUGAGCGGGCUGAUGCCCACCAUGCAGUCAGCAGCACAGACUGGGAGUCCCUUCGGCCUGAGCAGCAGCCCCGGGUUGAGACCACUGAACGUCCUGCAGAUCCCCACUGGUCCUCUCAUCUUUAACUCUCUGCAGCAGCAGCAGCUGUCUCAGUUCUCCCCACAGCAGAGUCAGUCGGCCACCUCCAGCCCUCAACAGCAGGGGGAGACGGGCGACCAGGGGUCCGAUCAGAGUUUAGGAAACCAGCAAACAGCGGUGAUCAACCUGGGAGGCUUCAUGUCUCCUCAGGCAGCAGUGCUGUCCCAGUUGGGCUGUGGGCUGGACGGGUCUGGGCCCCCGCUGCCUUCUCCAAGGCUUCAGCAGCAGCACCAGCCACAGAUCCAAUUGCAAUUCUUGCAGCACCAAAUGCAGCAGCAGCAGCAAAUGGCUAUGGGAGCAGCAGCUCCUCAGGGGGGACCGCCACGGCAACAUACCGCCAGCCAACCAAGAAGUAAAAGGAAGAGGAGCAUGCCACAGCCCCUCCCCAAGUCAUGACACAAUGACAUCACACUAAAAAAAAAAACAACCCCCCCCCCCCAGCUACAUGAGGACAUGAAUGAUCCAUACUGUGCUCUUUGUCUGCCUCACUGUGGAGACAAAAAAAAAAGACUUUUUGUCCUUUCUGUGUCUUUUUCUAGCUGACAAAUUUGUAUGUAAUGGUUGACAGGGGUUUUGGAGAACCAAAACUGUGUAAUGUCCACCAGAGGAUGAGGUUUUUGUAGAACAGGGAGCCCUACACUUAAAGAACCUUAGUGAUAUUUUUUGAGAUGAAACAGAAUAUGCGAUGGUUCUGGUAGGUAGCGGGUUUUCACAAUAACACAAAAUGCCCAUUCAGGAAGACUUCUUCUUCUCUACGGGACUGAAAGGAUUAUGAAUGCACAUUCUCAGAGGAUUCCUCAUGAGCCGGCCUGAUCCUCCUGCCUCUGCUUGGUUGACCCCGGUAGAAACUGCCCUUUAAGCACGGAUCCCAGUGAGCUUAUUGACACCAAAUCCUCCAUAUAACCAUUACAUGUGAAAAUGCAAAUCUGAUCUUGGAGUAGUGCCUGGGGGCAGCUCUCUACCUCUCAGUCUGUUGGAAGUCUUUUCUUCUGUUAGCCAUCCAGGCACAGGGCUCAACGAGGACUCAAGAUGAACAUGCAAGACGGUGUAACUGCUUUUGUACAGCACAUUUUGAAGAUAAAAAAAGG